GCUUCCAGCGCACCCCCAGUCAGAUCUAUACACCAUGGUCGCACUCCUGUCACCGCGCGACCAGAAGGUGUGGUUCGUCACCGGCACCUCGUCUGGCCUCGGUCGCGCGAUCGUCUACUCCGCGCUCUCCCGCGGCGACAAAGUCAUCGCGACGUCGCGAACGCUCGCGUCCAUACGCGACCUACAAUCACCCUGCUGCCACAUCAUGCAGCUCGACGUGACGGACAGCCCCGCCGUGCUCGACAAGAAGGCCGAAGAGGCCAUCCGGAUAUUCGGCCGCGUCGACGUUGUCGUGAACAACGCCGGCUUCGGUGCCUUCGGCAUCGCCGAGGAGAUUGGAGCGGAAGGCUUCAUGAAACAGUACCAGACGAACGUCUUCGGUGUUAUCAACGUUACCAACGCCUUCCUCCCGCACAUGCGGGCGCGACGAGACGGAACCAUCGUGAACGUGGGCUCACGCUCCGCAUGGCGGACAUCCGUGCCCAUGAUAGCUGCCUACACUUCUUCGAAAGCCGCUCUUCGAGCACUGACCGAGACGAUGGCGGUCGAAGUCGCGCCUUUCGGCGUGCGCAUGCUGCUCGUCGAGCCCGGAGGACUGCGCACGGCCAACUUCAACAACAAGCAGGUGCUCGAGCGGCGCCGGCCCUCACCGGAGGCGUACGACCGCACACGACAGGCGGCGCUUGCGUGGGUGGACUCGAUCACGGGCAAGGAGCCGGGCGACCCUUUCCGCGCCGCACACGCGAUCGCGGACGUCGUGCGGGGCGAGGGUGCCGCCCGCAACCGGCCGUGGCCCGGACAGCUGAUCCUGGGCGAGGACGCGGCACAGGACGUGCGAGCCAAGGCCGAGGCGGUGAUACGGCAUCUGGACGAGUGGAAGGACGUGCGGGACGUGGCGAUCGCGCAGUAAUCGCUGCCCAUAGAGACUGCACGGACAACGCUCGUUUUGGACCAUCGCUUUUCACACCAUGGAAUGAUACCCCCGCAUACACUGUCCACCCGCUCCUGACAUAACCCCCAACCUUCGCCAUUCUACAGCCGCUUGUUGUAUUAAUCAUCACCUUACCAUACCUGUCACGGCGCCCC